AUGUACAAGACAUUUGAUUUGAUCGCCAUUGCAUUCUUUGUUUUCGGAUUGACACUUCUCCGUACUCUCUGGUACCGUCGCGAUCAAAAGCUUAGACGUCCCCCGUCUCCCCCGUCCCUACCGUUUGUUGGGAAUCUCUUUUCAAUGCCCUCUGGCACGGAGCACAUUGCGUAUAUGAAGUUAGGGAAACAGCUCAAGAGUGAUAUUAUUUAUCUGAAGAUGCUGGGCCACAGCACGAUCGUACUAAACUCGUCUCAAGCUGCAUACGACCUAUUCGAGAAGCGAUCCGCAAAAUAUUCAGAUCGUGCAAAUUCUCCUAUGGUUAGAGAUCCCACACUACUCAACUGGCCUGGACACCCUGGACUUGUGGGAUACAACGAUUUAUGGCGCUCACACCGACGAAUGCUGAACAAUUGGCUCAACGUACGCGCCGCUGUCCAGUUUCACGAAUCACAUGAACGGCAGGCUCGCGUGUUGCUCGGUCGACUGUUGAAUAUUUCAAAUCGUGAUGAUCCGUUUGAGGAAACGGAGAACGAUUUCUUCCUUGCAAUGGCAUCUGCAAUAUUUCGGUCGGCGUAUGGGUAUCAACUUCAAGGUAUCAACGAUCCUUUUUUCCAAGGAGCAAAGGAGGCGAUCGAGCAUUUGUUUAGUGCUCACAUGUAUACUAACUUUUGGGUUAAUAUAUUUCCGGCGCUCUCUUACGUUCCAGACUGGUUUCCAGGGGCGGGUUGGAAGCGCACUGCUCGAGAGUGGAGAGAACAAAAGGAUUGGAUAUUAAACAGUACACUAAAAUGGACUAAGGAUCAAGUUGCCUCCGGUUCAGCCGAACCUUCGAUUCUUGGCGCCUUGUUGGACCAUAAAAUUACUUCAAAAUGGACACAAGAGGAUAGGGAUUAUCGACUGAAGGAGCUUGGAAUGGUCUUAUACUCGGGUGGCACUGAUACUUCGUCAAACGUUUUAGUCAAGUUUGUUGCUGCCAUGGUAUUAAAUCCGCAUGUACAAGCAAAAGCCCAACAGGAGAUCGACGCAGUACUUGGCCCCAUGAAACUCCCAAAAGUUGAAGAUGAAGAGCGCUUGCCCUAUGUACGCAACCUCAUUCUGGAGACCUUACGGUGGCAUCCUGUGCUUCCAACUGCUGUUCCUCAUGUGUGUUAUGAAGACGAUGUCUACCGAAAUUAUGAUAUUCCAAAAGGCACCGUCCUGAUAGGAAAUAUAUGGGCCAUGAGUCGCGAUGAAAGUAUAUACAAGGAUCCAGAGGUAUUCAACCCUGAUCGAUUCCUGGAUCCAAACGUACCUCCAUUGCCCGGGUUUGGAUGGGGCAGACGCAAGUGUCCCGGAUCGUACUAUGCACAGGCCGCGGUGUUCGUUUCUAUUACUUCUCUCCUUGCCAUGUUCACUUUCGAGAAGAAGCGUGAUUCGAAUGGACAGGAAAUUAUACCGAAUAUCGAGGAUAGGUCCAACUCUAUGACACUUGGUCUGAAACCAUUCGAUUUCAAGUUCUCCCCUCGGUCCGAACAACACCGACAAUUUGUUGAGGGUUUAGUCCCUGUUCCUAAGUGA